AUGUCAAAUGAGCUACAAAACCAAAACCCUGAAGCACAAAACCAGGAUAAAGAGCAAUUCGAAUCAGAGGGACCAUCGCCCCUAACCGUUACUUCGCGGGUUUUGUAUAUGUUGGAAGACAUUACUCAUUGGCUUCAAUCCGUUCGAAAACGCACUUCCAAUUACCGCUCCUCCGGUUUCCCUCGCUCUUCUUCCACCAUACCCUUCUGUCUCGGAGAAUCUGCAGAGGAUGCAGAAAUUAAUAUGCUUCCUGAUCAAACUGAAAUUAGCGUGUGGGAUCGGCUGGGUAAAGCAGAAAUGUUGGACAUUGAAUCCAGUUCCUUUACUUGGGACAUGCUGUCUUCACUUCACCAUACUGAGCACACCAGUAGCAAUGAUCAUUCUGAGGAUGAAAUGAAUAGAGCUCUUGAGAUGACAGUAAAUUCUGGAGGGGUUGUCUUCUUUGCCCUUUUCAAUGUCGAUGGGAGCAAUGAUGCUUCUCCAAAAGAAGCAGCAGCAGUCAUAAAGAUAUCUUCGUCAAGAAUGGCAACACAGUCUGAACGACUUGGAUAUGAAUUCGCCAAAUGGUUGGGAGUCCAAGCUCCGCAGGCUAGAGUCAUUCACAAUACCAGUUUAGAAUGGCUCCAAAUAAAGAAAGCUGCAGAAAAAGCAAGGGAUGCAGCAAGUUGUGAGAGUGAUGAAAUUGGUGAAACGACCUGUUCUGAACUUUUGGAAGCGCUUGAGCUUAGCAAGUGUCUCUUGUUUAUGAGUUAUGUACAUGGCUCACCUUUACUUGAAAGCUCUGCCGCAUUUGAAUCAAGGGACUCUGCAGAAAGAACGUCAGCAGCACUUGGCAGGAUAAUGAUGCUAGAUCUUGUUAUCAGAAAUGAAGAUAGGCUUCCAUGCCGUCAACUUAGAUGGCGUGGGAACCCUGCGAAUUUGUUAUUGGCUAAAAAAGCAAUGCCUUCCAAUUUAGAUACAAUAGGAGAAACCUCUGACUUGAUAAUGAACCGAUACGGGUCCGCGAUGGUUGGGACGCUUCAAGAAAAAAAAAAGUCCACUUCAAGAUUGUUUUCUCAAAAUAAUAAUGGAAUAAGAUCACAAGGCUCUCAUCUUUCACAAAUAAGAGAAUCAUCUGAUGACUUGUGCCUUAAAAGUCAAACAUCAAGAGAAUCAAUGUUUACUGGCUCCAACAUUGUUGCCAUUGACUCUGGUGUUCCUCGUCGACCUCCUGCCAUAAAACGUGCAGAUGAUCAGAUAAGUUAUCCUAAGUUGGUUGAGUUAGUACUAAAUAGCUCUGAGUUUUCCUCUUGCCUGUUACAUGAUAUAACUGGAGGGAAAUUAGGAAAUCAUCUCGUAGAAGACAUAAAUUUAAUCGUUGACGUACAAGGGAGUGAUGUAACAUCAAUAGUUCAUGAGUUCCGCAGUGGUUUCCGUGCUGCUCUUAGGGAUCUGCAAGGAUUUCAUAUAUUCCUACUUACACUUCACCAAAAACUUGAUAACUUGUUACGAUCAUUUAAUAAUACUAUAAGCAAAACAUCACCUGGGGAGUCUGAAAAGGAAGAUUCACCUUCACCUGCUACUGGUAGUUGUCUCUCUCCAACAAGAAAGGAGAGAUUUUCUAAUGAUAGCCAUCGAGAUUUUAGUGAUUCAGAUUCGCAGAGGUCUGCUCCAAGGGCAUCUUCAGGUAAUAGAAAUUUUUGUGACUCUGCUUCUCCUAUGUCAAGAGAAGGUUGCCAUGGAAAAUCCUCUAAAGGGAGUGUGGAGCCAUUACAUGAUUCCCAUUUUACAGCUAAGCUCCGCGACUUCCAUAAAUUUGCUAAGGUUGAUGCAGAAUCUUAUAAAGAAUUGGAACAUUGGAAUGAAAUGCUUAAAAAUGAUGCUAUCAAGUUAUGUCAGGAAAACAAUUUCAAUUCAGGAUUUUUUGAGGGAAGUGAUAGCAACACCGUUGUUGAUGCAUAUGAAUUGAAGAUCAGACUUGAACAUAUCCUUGAAAGGAUUGCAUUGAUAUCUGAGGCUGCAAAUACUGAGAGACCAUCUGCUAUUACAAAUUAUUUGUUCAUCGGUGGAGCGCUAUCUGCAAGAUCUAUAUAUACAAUGCAACACUUGGGAAUCAAUCAUAUCUUGUGUUUGUGCACUAACGAAAUUGGACAAUCAGAUUCUCAGUUUCCUGAUCUUUUCACCUACAAAAAUUUCUUUGUAUGUGACACUGAGAAUUCUAACAUCAGCCUCUUAUUUGAAGAAGCUUGUGAUUUUAUAGAAGAUGUUGAGAGAGCGGGUCAGGGAAUUCUAGUUCAUUGUUUUGAAGGGAAAAGCAGAAGUGUCACUGUAGUCCUUGCUUACUUGAUGCUAAGAAAGAACUUCACAUUAUUAGAAGCAUGGAAUGCUAUGAAAAAAGUUCACCGUCGAGCACAGCCGAAUGACGGUUUUGGAAAGAUCUUACAGGAACUUGAUCAAAAACUGCAUGGGAAGGUUUCAAUGGAGUGGCGGAGGCGGAGACCAACAAUGAAAGUUUGUCCUAUAUGUGGCAAGAAUGCUGGACUGAGUAGCAGCUCACUUAAGCUCCAUCUUCAGAAAUCACAUAAAAAAAGACUAUCAUCAGGGAGUGUAGAUAGUGCCAUGAAAAAGGAAAUCCAAAAGGCAUUAACCACUCUGAAUAUUAGCCGUGGUGGGAGUGUGAGCCCCACACACAGGCUGUCCCAUUCAAUGACAGAUUAA